UUGAUUCUCCAAAUUUUUAUAGGUGCUUUUUCCUGACUGAAUGGAAUUGCAAAUCCUGAAACUAUUUUCUAUACAUUGGACAACAAAUAUACAAAUGUAUUUAAUCUUUCUUUUUUAAAUAUAUUUUUCUUGCCUUUUUACAGGCCUUGGUGCUGAAGAUGGUUGGCUCUCUUCAUUCUAUUCUUGCUUGGUAAAGAAGGCUUCAGACAAAUCGGUUAUAAUCAGUGAAAUUCUGGACUCGAGGACUAAAAAUCUGUUGACCAUGUCGAAAAUAAGUGAUUAUGUUUUGUCAAAUGAGCUUGUGAGCAUUGCAUUGGCUAUGGUUGCAGAGGAUCGUCAAAUAAAUGAGGUACUGGAAGAGCUUUUUGCUGAAGAGGUAUGUUGCUGUGGAGCACAGAGAAGAUACACACUUUCUAUUGUACAUUUAUGGUGUCAUGAAGAUCAAGUUGCUUUCUUUAUAUGUCAACACUGAAACAAGCAGUUCUCCUUUGGCAGAGGUAUACAAACUUAGCUAUGAUAUAUGCAUGCAGCUGUAUACAAACAAUUGUUUGUGCAAAGAUAUGUGCCUUUUUCUCAUGCAAUCAUUAUGAGCUUUAAUAAUUCAUUUCUGGGGCAAACAUGAGA